UCUUGCUAAAACAGUGUUUCAUUUCAGAUUUUCAGAGGUGUUUUUGUUCUGGUCUGUAAGUCAUUUAGGUAAAACCAGACAGAGAUUCCCCAAGUGGGUUUGGCUCUCCUGAAACUGGGUCUCACUCCAAACCUGCAGCAAUGGUGGUAAUGGCUUAGAUCGCUGAAAUUUGGCCCAUAUUGGCUUCAUUGACUGUAUUGAAGCAGCAAGGGAUUGGUUCAGUGUCAGUAAUAUUGCUGUAAUUUAUGAUGUCCAUUUCGGAGAAAUCUCGGCCGAGCUCAUCUGCUUCUUCUUCAUCGUCAGUUUCGGUCAAUGAGUUUGAUCCAUUGCUGAAGGAUUUGAAUGAGAAAAAGCAGAGCUUUCGCCGGAACGUAGUGUCGUUGGCGUCGGAGUUGAAGCAGGUCCGGAGCCGGUUAGCUUCUCAGGAGCAGUCAUACGUGAAAGAAACUCUCACAAGACAGGCAUUAGAGACAAAAGCUAAAAACAUGGAAGAGGAGAUUGGUAGAUUGCAGAAGAGAUUAGAACAGAGAAAUCUACAGCUUGAGGCUUCGACAUCUAAAACUGAGAAGUGCCUCUCGGAGUUGGAUGGUCUGAGGUCACAACUUGCAGCCACUCAAGCAACUGCCGAUACUUGUGCUGCAUCAGCUCAAUCAGCACAGCUCCAAUGUCUAGCACUUGUAAAGGAAAUAGAUAAAAAAAAUUGUUCCUUGAAAGAGCAAGAUGAAUGUAUAAUUAGGCUAGGAGAGCAAUUGGAUAAACUACAAAAGGAUCUCGAAGUAAGAGAGUCUUCGCAAAAGCAACUCAAAGAUGAUGUUCUGAGAAUUGAGCAGGACAUUAUGCAAGCUGUUGCACAAGCGGGGGUGAAUAAGGAUUGUGAGCUGAAAAAAAUACUAGAUGAGGUUUCUCCAAAGAAUAUCGAGAAGCUUAAUAAUCUUUUAAUUAUAAAGGAUGAAGAAAUAGGAAGGCUUAGAGAUGAAAUCAGUAUCAUGUCUGUUCACUGGACUCUCAAAACUAAGGAGUUGGAAUCACAGUUGGAGAGACAACGGCGAGCUGAUCAGGAACUCAAGAAGAGGGUAUUAAAAUUGGAGUUCUGCCUUCAGGAAGCUCGUGCUCAAACAAGAAAGCUUCAAAGGAUGGGUGAGCGAAGAGACAAAGCUCUGAAAGAGCUCAAAGACCAAUUACAACAACGGGGAGUGAGUGGAGCUUCAUCUGCUGAAAAACCAAACUUUUGGGAAACCUCUGGUUUUAAAAUUGUGGUUUCUAUGUCCAUGUUCAUCUUAGUUGUCUUUUCAAAGCGAUGAAAUAGUUGCUAUGUAUAAAAAGUAUCAAACAAGUUUAGUCGAGGAUUUAGGAAUAGCUGCAGUGGGCAUUUUGCUAGUAGAAAUGCAAAUGCACAUUGUAGAGCUUCUCCUUGUGUAUCAGAGCAGAGACGCAUUUUUUUCUCCCGUCAAACCACAUUGUUAGUGUAUGUAUGGAUAUCGAAUCUGUGUAUGGCAUUGUAGCCAGUACGCUGUAGUCUGCAAUAUAGUUAGUUUCAUGUUAAAAGA